CCGUUACUCUCCGUUCACCAACAAACGCGGAAAUCAUUCAAGGCUGGCACAAAGUCGCGGUCUCAAAUUGACGUAGUUGGUGCGGGACCCGCCGCAAAGGACCCAGAAAACGCCCGUGCUCUGAACGCGCCAGGCUUUGGCGCGAAGUGGAUUGCACCUUCCUAACCACUACUUGCCUUCAUUUAUCCUUUGACCACAACCGACCACACCACGCAUUCUCUUGCUCAACUCGCGUGAGGGCCAGCUUCUUCCCUCCAGGAUUCUCUCUCAACUUGGGCUGACCUUAUUGCUGGCCACCUUCUGCUCUCUAUCGUCCUUGACUCAGAAGUUCACGUUCUCAUGGCCAUCGAGAACUGAACUGUGAACCUCCAUGAGCGUGCCUCUCGCGUCUUAGGGCCCCAGACGCGCUGUGAGUUUCGACUCCAGUACUUCAGCUUCCUUGCCUUCAGAUCUCUAGGCCACAAGUCAUCAUGGCUCCCUCCGCCACUCUCUCAGAGACUGCCGUGUCUCCCACUCCAAAGUCGACUCGACCUACCAACGGCCUCCUCCCAGCAUUUGAGCCCUUCUCAUCCUCUCCCGCUUUACCACGACCACUGAAAAGAAGUCGAGAUGCCUUUGACGAGAACAACACAUAUCCCACUCCCGUUCCCACUUCUUCAACCGCUAUCUUGACUUCAUCACCCUCACGUGUCCAGAAGCCAGCACCUACGUUUCAGAAAGCUUCGUCGACGUUAUCCGAGCGUGUCCCGUUGGGGGCAGUUCCCUCUAUUGAACUUCACCAGGAUGGGAAAGUCACGCGUAUGGGAAGGUCAAGUGCCUCAUGCGAAUAUCAGUUCUCGGCAAACCGCCUUAUCUCCAGGGUUCAUGUCGAGGCAUGCUACAAAUCUUCCACUUCGCCUCUCGCCCGUGAACAUGUCGAAGUGAAAUGUACAGGAUGGAAUGGUGUCAGAAUUCAUUGCCAGGGCCAGGUCUACGAGGUCAAAAAGGGAGACACCUUCCAAUCCGACGUCAGAGAAGCUGAAAUCAUGCUCGAUGUUCACGAUAGUCGUGUUGUGCUGCUAUGGCCUCCAAAGCCUCGCCUGGGUGCCAUCUCUUCUGACGAGGACGACGAGAUGUCCCCUACAAAGCGUCAACGAGUCAUGUUGCGCCAUUCCACACCACCGAGCCCGAGCCCUUUGCAGUCCCGACGUCGUCCUGUUUCUCCUAUCUCACCGUCGCCUGCUGUUCACGCCCUCUUUCCAUCGUCUCCACCGCUUGCCCCAGCACGGCCUCACCUUGAUGCCGUUGACAUCUACGAAGACCCUGAACCAUCAAUCGAGCCCAGCAAAGAGCAAGUAUCUGAACAAGUACCCUCGUCAAUUCCCCACCAGGCUGCCCUGCAGAAUGCUUCCACUGCUUCCCUGUCUCAGCAUGCUCCGGCUUCCAACGCUGACGACUAUUCCGACAAUGACGAGGAGAACGAUCCCAUCAUCCAUUCUUUUGGACCUUUCGGAGAGAACUUACUGCCGAGACUAGCAUCCUUCAACGCAGGUAGCGACUCACCGAACCAGGAUCAAUCCAACUCUGUAAAGAGCUCCCGGUCAUCACACACUGGGCCCCUCCAUCUCCAACAGUCGUCCGCCAAGACACCCCUCCCCUCCGACCUUGACGUCCAAGGUCAUAUUAUCAAUCAACUCGCCUACUCCCGUUUAUCGUCAACCCCUCUGUCAACAAUUAUUAGCCAUCUUCCCCAUGACGCGGGUUCAUUGACAAAAGGCGAUGUCAGAAGAAUUGUCUCAUCCACGGCAUGCAUUGGCGAAGUGACUAGAGAAGGGAAAGACGCUGCUGGAAAGGCUCUAGAGAGUGAAUAUUAUUAUAUUCCUGACCUAGACGAGGAUGAGAAGAGAAAAGAGGCAGUUGUUACUGAUUUGAAGAAACCAGGUUUGCGGGCUUGUCGCAAACAACACAAGGUUCGUCUUUCUUUACACUUCCUAGUGCCUCUUAAUUCACCCAGCAUGUUGACUGAUACGCCUUCAGCAAUACUACUGGCGAAAGCCAAAAUGAACAGGCGCUUGUUCUGACUGGGUGGGAAUCCGGAAGACGAUCAGAGGACCACCACGUGCACCACAAAGCGCAUUGAUAGCGGACUGAAGUCGGAUGUUGUCUUUCCUAGCGUUCAUAUUGCAUUCAAUCUUCUCCCAUGCUGUGGGUAGAGGGAGGAGUUAUUGCUUGUCUGAGUUUAGCGUUAAGCGUCCAAAAUCGACGGUCGAUGGCUGAGGGUUGGCAGAGUUUGAUUAUGCGUGGGUGUGCCGUGUGGGAGUAUCUGGAUCUGAGGGAAGGCGAGAGUAGACGAGGGAGAGAGACGUGCGGGAUCACCGCUCUUGUGUGGAAGUGCCAUGGUCUAAUUAGAGACAAUAGCUCUGGGACCAGCAAAGGCUGCACAACAAGUCUAGCUAAGUUCAUAGGGAAAGUGGUGGUCCACAGCUACAUUGCCAUCGCUGAUUCAAGUUGAAGAACAUUCAUCCAAUACUACUACACCCUACGACCGUCCACUUUGUAUGACAGGUUCUUUUG